AUGUUGCUGCCUCUCCUCGCUCUUUUCGCUCUCCCCCUCUGUCUCGCUGCAUCGACAGAGGCAAAUCAUGCAAAACUCGUCCAGCUUGCUGCUGCCAACGAUGGCGUCAUCAGGCUAGACCAGAGCACGUACCGCCUGCUCACCAGCCCCAGGCGUAACUGGUCCGCGUCCGUCCAAUUCACCGCAAUGGAUAAGCGGCGGAGGUGCACCCCAUGCAGAGAGUUCGGCCCGUCAUUCAAUGCCGUCGCCAAGGCAUGGUCCAAAGUAUCGUCUGCGGAACGCGACUCCCACUUCUUUGCCACCCUCGACUUUGACGACGCCAUGCCAGUCUUCCAGGAGAUGAACCUCCAAUCCGCACCUGUCGUCCAAGUCUAUACCGCAACCGAAGGGCCCCGUCAAUCUGCAAGUGGGAGGACGGCCAUCUCCCUCGACUUCUCCCAGGGAUUCGAGGCCGCACCCCUGGCAGAGCAGCUCUCGCACUACACGCCCGUCCCGAUCCCGUACAAGCCACCAUUUGACUGGUCGCGCGCCGCAACCUUCGUGUUCAUGGCGCUCGCCUUCGUCGCCGCGCUGCGCUUCAUGGCGCCCAUCCUCCGCUCGCGCUGGACUUGGGCCGUCAUUGUCGUGCUGACUUCCCUUGUCAUGACGUCCGGCUACAUGUUUGUACGCAUCCGCGGUAUGCCCCACAGUGGCCCGAACGGGCAGUGGAUCGCACCUGGCUACCAGAACAUGUUUGGCCAGGAAGUGCAGGUCGUGUCGAUGAUAUACGGAACGCUUGCUGGUGGCUUUCUCAUGCUUACCCUGAUUGUGCCCAACAACUUGUCACCACAGCGGCAGCGCAUGCAGGUUUAUCUAUGGGCUGGAGUCAUAUUCAUCAUGUACUCUGUCCUAGUUUCUCUUUUCAGGGAGAAGAACAGGAACUACCCGUUCAAGUUGCUUUUCUAGAUUGCAUCUCGCGACCGUGUUCAUGUAAAUGCGCAAUACUGUUUGCGACGGACGAAAGCGAUUCCUAUUCUAUUU